CGGGUCGCUGACUGGCGGUGGCUCGUGGUGCCUGGACGCGGAAGCGCUGAAGGUGAAAACGCAGGCCGACGCGAAACUUGCGGGCGUGUGCGCGCAGGUGCUGUGCGAGGGCGGCGCGGUGAAGGUGAAGUACAGCGGCAGCGACGCGUAUGUGGCGUGCCCCGAGAAGAGCGUAAUUGAUGUUAAGUCAAGUGAUUUCGAGGACGGCGGCAAGAUCAAGUGCCCGAAGUACGAGGAGGUGUGCACCAUCGCCGCCAACGGCAGCAGCCUCGUCAUUCCGCGCGUUGAGGAGGAGGAGGAGGAGAUUCCGCCUCCUCCGCCGGCUGCUCCUGAACAGUCACCUUCUAAACCGUCCGUUCCCGAACAUGCGCCUUCCCCACCGUCCGCUCCUGAACAUGCGCCUCCUGAACCGUCCGCUCAUGGACAUGCGCCUUCCCCACCGUCCGCUCCUGAACGGUCGCCUUCUGAACCGUCCGCUCCUGAACGAUCGCCUUCUAAACCGUCCGUUCCUGAACAGGCGCCUUCUAAACCUUCCGCCCCUGAACAGUCGCCUUCUAAACCGUCCGCUCAUGGACAUGCGACUCCCGUUGGAAACGAUUUCAGUACGGCUGCUGCGGCUGUUGGCUUCAGUCACUUUGUGCUUCUAGCCUUGGCCGCCGCAGUGACGGCGCUGCCGCCCUGA